CUUUGACAUUCACGUCUAAUUUCAAUGACAUUGACAUGUUUUUGUGAUUGUGAUUUUUGUUGUUUUUGAUACAUUUGUGGAAUAUUUUGUUUAUUUUUUAGAUCAUGUCCGGAAAAGUACACUUUCGGUAGAGGACAACAUUUUUCAGAUCAUUUAGUGGUAGUCAAACAUUAAGAAUGGUUAAGUUACUUGGACAGAAAGAAGCUCAGUCAAUUGACUUAGAACUUUUUAAUGACUAUUCAUUUUCUGUUGAUCAGCUAAUGGAAUUAGCUGGCUUAAGCUGUGCUUCAGCUAUAGCUAAGAGUUAUCAACACACUGAUAUUGGUAAUAAGUCGAUACUGGUUUGUUGUGGGCCUGGUAACAAUGGUGGAGAUGGUUUAGUUUGUGCAAGACAUUUAGUACUUUUUGGAUAUAAACCAGUUGUAUACUACCCCAAAGAAACAAAAAAUAAUCUCUACAAUAAUCUCAUCAAGCAAUGUCAGUUAAUGAAUAUAUCUGUAAUUAAGAGUUUACCAGAUAAAUCCAACUUUGAAUCUGAAUUUGGUAUUAUAGUGGAUGCUUUAUUUGGAUUUAGCUUUAAGCCACCUGUAAGAGAAGAAUUUAUACCAGUUGUUAGUCUGAUGAAGGAAACAAAAGUACCUAUAGCAAGCAUUGAUAUACCUAGUGGAUGGGAUGUAAAUUCAGGACCUCCUGAAGAUGGCGUCAAACCAGACAUGCUCAUUUCUCUUACUGCCCCCAAAAUGUGUGCCAAAUUUUUUGAGGGAAAAUAUCAUUACUUAGGAGGAAGAUUUGUACCUCCAGCCUUAGAAGAAAAGUACAAUCUACAGCUACCUAAAUAUCCUGGUACAGAAUGUUGUGUAUUGUUGCCAGCAGUAAAUGAUGCUAAAGAGUGUAACAAAAAGUAGGAACUAGAAAUAAGAAAAAUAUGUUUGUUUAUUUUGUAUCUCACUUUUAAAUAAAUAUAUUGUUACGAUA